AUGGCCACCAUCAGUGGUCACGAACAAUUUGUGACUUGUUCGAACCUCGGAGAGCCACGACUUGUGGCAGUAGUCUCUGGUAUCUUCGGUGUCAUCCUACUGAAGAGAGUUUUUGACACUGUUCUGAGAGAGUUUGACAAGAACCCUCCUGAAACCUUCGAAAUGAUGUCCAACGAGGGGAGCUACGAACAUGAACUUGUACGCGAUGUGCUCGAGGAAGAAAAACAUGCUCCACAUGAGCCCACUCAAACAGCGUGGUUUUGCGAAAACUCCAAACCCCCUAGUCGCCACAAACCUUACUGGCUUUGUGGCGCUAUACGCGAUACAGCGAAUAAGAUAGGCAUUGACUGGGAUCUGUCCAAAAGGCUGAAACCUAGUGUCGACCAUGGAGUACAGACAAACUGGAGAACGGGGACUUGGCAAUUCAUCUCGGCCGCCCGUCUCCUAGACCUUGUCAGUAUUCGACACGAGCGUCGCGAUGAGUUAGAAUCCGCUCCUCACGUGUUGCUCUACACCAGCACCCGCCACCAAGCAAGUCGAGUUUCUGAAGACCAGCUUGGGGACCUCCAAGACGCGAUCAAAACCCAUUUCGACAGUAUACGCAGAAUCAUGCAGGGGGAAACAUACGGAGGAAAGGGGAAGCUGGCCUACUCCAGGAUCGAGCCGCCCUUUGCUUUCGAUAAAACGCAGCUUGAAAAUUUCCCCAGCACCCCACACAUCAAUCUUAUCGAGACGCUUCGAAGACUCUUUAUCCCGCUCUACCUUUCAGAAAGAUACUUGAGGCGGUUCCCUGAUGUGGUGCAAUCUCGAAAUGUUGCUCUCAAAGCCCUCAAGACUUCGGACCAAUUAAUAGAGAUAUUCGGGAAGCACCUCAAGAUGGACGAGUGGAAGGAGGACGAUAUCAAUGACAAGCUGCGUGGCUCUGGUGGAGUUCUGAUGGAUAUCUUUCCAAAGCACGUGGCUUAG